AUGAAUAUCUGCAAAACAAGAAAUACUAAGUUUAAUGAAAAUGAUCUUCGUCUUUGUUCAUCAUGCAUAGAACAUUUCUAUCAUCUUAAGUCGUCAAUCGAUUCGUCAUCAAUAUCAUCAGUUGAUGCUUCACUAAUAGAUAGUAUCGAUACUAAUGAUGAUGGGCGCACUUCACAAAACGUUUUGCAUGCUGGAUCAAAUCAGAAUCGCUGUGUUAUUUGUCGUCAAAUUCGUGAUUCAUCAACAAAUAUGAUCAUUAUGCCCAAAUCUUGUCGUCUCGAUCUUCUUAUUCUUCAUCGUAUUUAUGCUCCGCAAAAUAUUCGAUGUUGCGAACAACACAUCCUUAAGCACGGUCGCCUGAAUCCUAUGGACAUUGUUGAAAUGAAUGAUCGAAAAAAGUUAAAGACCACACUUCAACUGCAAGAAUUAUUAGUUAUACUUGAAGAUUUACUUACACUUAUACAAGAAGCUAUUAAAUCUCUACGUCUCGAUUUUCGAGAUCCGAUGCUCUCAAAUGAUGAUCAUUUGGCAUGGACGGGCUGGAAUAUAGCACAAUUUGAUAUGAUGUUCGAUAUGUUAUCUCCAUUUCUUCGGCCGUCAUGCAAUCGUGAACCACGAAACGCUUUUGCCAUUUUCUGA